AUUCCGCGGGUACCAAACCAGAAAGAAGUAGUCAUUUAUUUCCUUUUCUACCUUCGACGUUGUUUCUCUUUUACCCUUUCGCAAUUUCUACCAUUUUUAAUUUUCACGUGAAAAAACAAAACAAUAACCAAAUAAUAAUAAUAAUUAUACCUCAUAAUAAUUCAUAUACUUUCUCUUUCGAGGUUUUGACUUGAACGAUCCAUAGUUUUAUCAUCGUUUUGUUUCUUCAGAUGGCAAGUGGGUUUGGGGAAUCAACAAGUAGGUCACCCCCAAGCCCUCCCUACUCAAGCAACAAUAAUAACAAUGAUGCUGGAAAUUUUGAAUGCAACAUUUGCUUUGACUUAGCACAAGAUCCUAUAAUUACUUUGUGCGGUCAUCUUUUCUGUUGGCCUUGUCUUUACAAAUGGCUUCACUUUCACUCACAGUCACGGGAAUGUCCGGUGUGUAAGGCAAUGAUUGAGGAGGAGAAGUUAGUUCCUUUAUAUGGGAGAGGAAAGACAUCAACUGAUCCGAGAUCGAAGUCUAUUCCUGGUGUUAAUAUCCCUCAUCGUCCUGCCGGUCAGAGACCGGAGACUGCUCCUCCACCCGAAUCAAAUCCUUUUUCUCAACAUGGAUUUGGAUUCACAGGUGGAUUGGGAGGAUUUGCUCCAGCAGCAACUGCAAGGUUUGGGAAUUUCACAUUUUCUGCAGGAUUUGGUGGUUUUAUACCAUCCUUAUUUAACUUUCAGUUGCAUGGAUUUCACGGUGGGGCCAUGUAUGGUGGAGCCGCUGGUUUCCCUUAUGGGUUUUCUAAUUCAUUUCAUGGUGGCCAUGUUCAUAGAUAUCCUCUUCACACAGGUCAAGGCCAACAAGAUUAUUAUCUGAAGAGGCUGCUGAUGUUUGUUAUUUUUUGUGUGGUACUUGCUUUUAUUUGGCAAUAGAUUGGAUAGAGUUCAGACUUCUGAUAGAACCAAACUUAAGCUCUUAUCAAUCUUCCCGUGUGCCUUUUUUCGUUAUUAUUUUGUAACUAUGGAGGUUGUUCAUAUUCAUACUCUCUUGUUACACCUGUAGUUUGUCUCUAUUUAGUUUAUCAAUCUUGAUGUGCAACCUUGUGCAAAAUUUCAUUGCAAGGUCAUGAAAACACAUGCAGAUAUAGAUGUUAGUCUGAUGGUUAUAAGGUUAUUUACUGAGGAUAGAUACCUGUGAGAUGGUUAUUGAAAUUAUAGCUUUUUCCUCAGUUUUGGUUUUCUCAGUUAAAUACAUGUUGCUGUGGUUAUCUUAUAAUAAGAAAUUAUUUACAUAUUUA